AUGGGAGAAAUGAACUGGAUGUGUCUGAGCCCRGCAGAGUUCAACCAGCUGCAGCAGUACACCGAGUCUAACGGCUCCUCCUCCUCUGUUCCCCUGCAGCCCAUUGACUAUGAGGGCUUCCAGCUCUUCAUGGCCACCUACCUGGAGAACACCAUUCCAGAGGAGCUGUGUCAGCAUCUGUUCACCUUCUUCAAGAGCAAGACGGGGCGCUGCUCUCCRGACCAGCCUCAGCCGGGAACCAGCUURCGGGACGCCCGUUCCAUUGAUGCAGGCAUCUCUAUUCAGACUGAAGUGGCCUGUGCCCCCAUUACAGGGAUGAACGGGAAGAGCAUCCUGACUGCGAUGAGCCUAUACACUCCGGAGCACUCCACUACAAGGAGUGCAGCGGGCUCCGGAGCCUCUACAUCCUCCUCACAGCGCUCAGGUACAGCGGCCAACGCACCAGGGGGGCCCUAUCGAUCACCAGGCGCUCAGGUCCAACCUUCAGCCUCCACCAGCAACACCCUGACCCCCAGUGCUGGUUCUUCCAAAAGUGCUGGAACCCCAAAACUUCAGUCAGAGAAGAGAAACUCUGAGAAGCAAGUUUCCCUGCAGAAGAGCCCGCCGUCUCAGGCAGGCUCCCCGCAGACGUCCCCUCAGGUGGUCUUUCUCAAGGACAUCGUCUGCUACCUUUCACUGCUGGAAAGGGGGACGCCGGAGGACAAGCUGGAGUUCAUGUUCCGACUGUACGACACAGACGCCAACGGGCUCCUGGACAGCUCAGUUCUGUUUGUUUCUGAAUACCAGCAGAAGCAUCAGCUGACGCUUUACGAGAAGGCAUAG